AUGAGCCAUAACGUAUCCGUUUCGUCGAGUGGGAUGGACGAUUCAGACGCGCACCCAGAGGACUUUGUUCAGCAGCCUGACGGAUCGCUCCGGUGUAAACGACACGGACUGGAGAUUUGCAAGGCGUGCGACGUGGACUAUACCUUUAUAUACCAAUACCUGGAUGAUGAUGAUGUAGAAUGGAAACCAGACGAGCCAAUCGAGGAGCCAGACGGGACACUCCGAUGUAAGCGUCACUGGCUGGAGAUCUGUGGCAAGAGCUGCGUCGACUAUACAUUCAUGCGUGAGAUUCUGGAGGAGGAGCGGCAAGGGCCGAUGGAUUCCGACUCUGAUGAUUCUGGACGGAUCCGCAAAGAGUCUAGGAACCCCAAACGCAAGAAUAGCAAGUGGUCAAAGUGCGUCGUGUGCAAAGAAUAUGCGCCGAAGCAGUGUAGUAACUGCAAGACUGUCCAAUACUGUGGCGCAGAGCAUCAACGACAGCAUUGGAGCGAACACAAGGCUCAAUGCCGCAAGGCCUCUCAACAGAAUGCCAAUUCUGACUCGCAUGGAACCAAACCAGAGCUCUUACUCCUCUCCAUCGGUGGAUAUCACAAGGUUGUAGAAGAAAUGGAGCACGAGUUCAUUUCGUCCCUCGAGCCCCUUAUGGAACUUUCCUUUACGACCAACGAGGACAGUGCGCUGCGCAGGCUCAAGAGCAAGCGACCACCUGCAGCAGUCAUUGUCGUAGAUGCACUCUAUGCCGACGAACACGGCGAACUCGUCGAGGCUCUCAUUGCCUACACAAAAGGCAAGAGGAGCAAGGGCGGCCUUGUCAUGUUUGCUCUCGGCUUCCCAUGUUUCAUGGGAGGUAAGAAUAUGCAAGAGCUAUUCGAGAAAUUCGAAAUGUUCUGGGAGAUGGCAAGCUAUGACCGAAAAGUCUUCAAACUCAAUACCCUCCAUCAGCCAAAUACUGGAGCCGUGGAGCCUACGCCUGCGCAAAGGCUCAUUACCUGGCGUGGAGGGAGUACCCUACCGGAGGAAUAUUCGAUGAAGGCCCUCAGGAUCAAGGGUGCCACCUCGAGUGAGGCAGUUUACCUCGAGGAAAGGGCAAGUGCUGAGGCACUCGUGGAAACGCCGCUCGCCAUGACGAGGCUAGGGUUUGGAAAGGUCGUCUACGUGGGGGACGUCAACAACGAGGCGGAGACGCAGCUAGUCAUCAGAAAUAUUCUGACGCAGCACCUCGCAGGCCAUUAG